AUGGUUCGCAAGCUACGAGUAAGGGCGUGUAAGAUCACGGAACCCCAAGAACAAGGCAUCACCGAAGCUUACGGGGACGUGUUCGGGUUCACUAUAGGGGCGACGGUGCAGCUGGUUAUAACGGAUCCUGCACUAGUGAGACAGGUCCUGCUAUCCAGCAGCGGGCGCUUCAGCAAGACAGCAAGGGCGCGCAAGGCAUUGAGGCUGCUGGGAAACGGUCUGCCUCUCUCAGAGGGGUCGCUGUGGGCCCGGCAGCGCCGAAUCAUCAACCCCGCCUUCCGCCCCACGGCUAUCAAGCUCUUGCUGUCCGCCCACCUCAGCAUCUUGCCGCUUCCAGAAAACUUUGCACUCUGGGCAGCGGAAAAGAGCAUUCGCAACCUGACCUUGCACCUGAUAGGCAAGAGGCGGGCAGCAUCAGCAGCAGUACACGCGGAGGAGGCACAUGGAGAGUCAGAGAAGCAUCAGGGAGGGCCAACAGGGAGGGCAGCUCGGGACCUGCUGGCGCUGAUGCUGGCAGCACAUGACGAGGCAGGCAAUGAGCAGAUGACGGAUCAACAGCUCAUGGACGAAUGCAUCACCUUCCUCCUCGCUGGCCACGGCACCACUGCACGCCUGCUGACGUGGACGUUCUAUCUGCUGGCGAAGCAUCCCGACUGGCAGGAGCGGCUGAGGGCAGAGCUCAAGCAGGCGCUGACUCAGCAGGGGGCACGAGACAAGUCAGCAGCCGCCACAACCAGCACAGCGGCAGGAGAAGUAGAAGAGGCAGGGUUAGAGAAAUCACUGAAAGACAUGGCCAUGGUGCUGCAGGAGAGCCUGCGCAUGUUCCCGCCCGUCUCCUUCAUCAGCCGCACGUGCCAGCAGGCAUGUAGACUGGGGCCGUACGACCUACCGAGGGGCACGGAUGUGCUGAUACCAGUGGCCAUGCUGCACUAUGACCAACGCUUCUGGGGCCCCCAUGCCCUCGACUUUAACCCCGACCGCUUCGCCAAAGGACCAGAUGAAGCCUGUUCCCAUCCCCAGGCGUUCCUUCCCUUUGGUUCGGGCCCACGCAUCUGCAUUGGAAACACCUUUGCCCUCACCGAGGCAAAGCAUCCAUUGUCGUGGCCUUUCUCAAUCUCUCCAACUCCCGACAUUUCCCCACCCUCGCUUCCCCCUCCUCCCCCUCGCCCCCACCCCUUCCUCCCCUCUCCCCUUGCCCACCCCGUCUCCCGCUCCCCUCCGCCCGCUUCUCCCCUUCCCUAUUCUCCUCUCCAACCUCCACCUUUUCUCCCCGAUACAGUCACACCCGCGUCGAGCGGGCAGCACGCGUGGGAGAUUCUAUCGAGCGGCAGCGGCGGGCGGUUCGACCUGGUGCUGACGGACGUGGUGAUGCCGGGGCUGUCGGGCAUCGCGCUGCUCGCUCGCAUCAUGACCAAAGAGGAGCUGCGCGGCAUCCCCGUUAUAAGUACAUCUCAUGUCACGGCACGGAAGCAGGGAGAUCACGGCAGUUUGCAGAUCACGGCAUCCUCCCCUGCUGACCGUCUUAUCCGCCUCUGCUCCCCAUCCGCCCCCCAACCCCACCUUCCCGCUCCCACCCCUCCAGUGAUGUCGUCGCACGACAGCAUGGAGAUGGUGUUGAAAUGUUUUCAGAGGGGUGCGGCGGACUUCCUGGUGAAGCCAGUGCGCAAGAACGAGCUCAAGAACCUCUGGCAGCACGUCUGGCGCCGAUGCCACUCCCGUCCCCUCCCAUCCGCGCCCGUCCCCUCACUCGUCCCCGCCUUCCUCUCCCGUCCCCCUCGACUCUCCUUCCUGACCUUUCAAGUUCGAUCUCGCACUGCUGCAUUCUGCGUUUCCUCUCAACUUGCACACCAGUCGGCAUGCUCUGCUUACCUUGCUCCCCUUCCUCAUCGCGUCUUCUCUCUUCCCUCUCUUACCUCCCCUCCCUGUCCUCUCGCUCUUCCCUCCCCUCCUUUCGUGCUGUCUCUCUUCCCUCUCGCCCGUUCUGGCCCCUCUCUCGCCCGUUCUGGCCCCUCUCUCGCCCUGCUUCUCAGUCGAGCGGCAGUGGCAGCGGCAGCGGCAGCGGCACCAAUGGCAAGUGGUGUCAAUGGGGGCGGGGCAGAAGGGGUUGUGGCGGGGGAGGCAGUGCGCGCAGCGGAGGCGGUGGUGGAAAGCGCGCAGGCUUCGGGGGAAGGUUCGACCAAGAAGGAGGAGUCAGCACCGACGUCUCUCUCCCCCGCUACAGCAUCAGGGCAGCAUGAGGAGCCCUCUUCCCUCCGCACUCUCCCCACCCCUUUCGCCCACCCUUUCACUGACACCUACCCCACUUCCCCCCCUCCACCUGCUACUGCUGCCGCCGCUGCUGCCGCCAUGUUCCAUCCCUUCAAUCCGUUCACCCUGCUGCCCGGGCCCAACGGUUUUCCAGGCCUGGGCAGGUCCACGCCAAUCCGGGGAGUUUCACCUGCCCAGGGGGAGGAUCUGGAUGGGUGUGGAGCGGCAGGGAGCAGUGGGGAGGGGCAGGCGGGGAGGGAUGGACGAACAGCAGCGCUGGGUGGCAGUGGUGCUUCUGCUACCGGAAAUCUCAAUGCCGCCGCUGUUGCUGCUGCGGCUGCUGCUGCUGCUGCGGCUGCGGCUGCGGCUGCUGCUGCUGACCCUGCUGGGAAUCUUAUUCCUGCUCCAGCUGCCUCUAUCACCCCUCCAGGGCUUCCGCCUCUGUCUGGGUUUCCCCUUGACGCUUCCUCUGGAAUGUACCUGCCUCCUGCGUACUAUGCUGCUGCGGCUGCUGCGACGGCAGCCGCAGGGAGUGGUCAGGGUAGUGGAGGCGGGGGCAGUGGUGGUGUGGGCAGCGCGCAAGACAGCAGGGAUGCAGCUACUGCCAGGGCUGUUGGCAGUGCUGCUGGCAAUGCGAGUCAUGCCGGUGGUGGCCACAUUGGUGGUUGCGCUGCCACAGUGGGUGAUGGUGGUGCUGAGGGUGAUCCGCGUAUUGUUGGCACAGCAGGGGGUGGGAGUGGCAACACCAACGGCCAACCCUUGCAAAAGCCACCAGAGCUCACAAGCGGCACAGCGGGGCAUGGUUGGAGAGGAAGCGAGGAGGCACGGGGCAGGGAGGGUAUGACUGGGUGCAGUAGGGCUGGCAGUGGUACUGGGAGCGUGCACGUGCCUGUAGAGGCGAGCCGAGGGGGCAGUGGGGUGAAAAUGGUGAGCCUGAUGGGGCAUGCUGUGGCAUUCCCCCCCUGCGCUGCUGAUGCAUCUGCCACACCUGCCACCACGACAGGUGAAGUGGUGGAUGGGGAGGAGGAAGGCCAGGAGGAAGCGAUGGUGGAGGGGGAAAGGGGCGCGUGUGGAGCAGCAGCAGCAGGAUUAGGAGUCGACACGGCAGCACGGCAGUGUCAAGCCAUGGACGUUUUCGGCUCAGGAGCGGGGAGUUCCCAGCCUCAAGAUACUCCUGCAGCAGAAGCUGCUGCGUGUGCUGCAUGUGCGUGUGGUGGGCCUGGCUGUGAGCUGUCGCAAGGCUCUGGGCAGUGCCAGGCUGCACUGGGGACUGCAGGAGGAGGGUGUGUGGCUGGGGCUGCUGUUACUACUGUGAUGAGCCGGCAGGCAGUGCGAGAGGCGGCCCUGAAUAAAUUCAGGCAGAAGCGCAAGGACCGAUGCUUUGAGAAAAAG